UGCUUAGCUAUAUUCUUUGAUUGCCACUCAUAUUGGGAUGGGGGUUAUGCACAAUAAAGCGAGGAGCAAAUUCCAAACAAACCAAGAAUUAAGAUUCCUAAACUCCAGAGCCAGAUUACUCAAACCUUUACCAUUUCUCCUUCUCCUUGCAAAAAAGACAUGCAAUAGAACUUUGUCUCCAAGGUCCAAAUUGAAAAAACAAAGAGGGAAAACGCCAUAACGUUUUCAUCGAUCACAAACAAAGAAAAACCUUGUUGUCUCGAUGAAUUCUUCCAUGUCUCCAUUCUACUAGCCCCCUUUAAAUUUGGCAUCUCUUACUCUCUUCUUCUUCUUCUUCUUCUUCUUCUUGCAGGCACAAAGCAUGGACUCAGACCCACCAUUCCACCAGACCUACAAGGACCUCGUCAACAACACCAUCGAAUCCAAUGAUAACGAGCUUGUUAUUGUUGAGGAACAGGAGCUUCCCUUGAUUGAUCUAGGCCGUUUGUCCAUGGACGACAAAGAGGAAAGAGAAGGGUGCGAGAGAGAAAUAGUUAGGGCUUCGGAAGAUUGGGGUUUUUUUCAAAUUAUAAACCAUGGUAUCUCCAAAGAUAUAUUGGAGAUGAUAAGAGAGGAGCAAGUUAAGGUUUUCAAGCAACCUUUUAGCAAGAAGUGCAAGGAAGACAAAUACCUCAAUCUGUCCGCCGGAAGUUACCGGUGGGGAACGCCGACGGCUACAUGCCUAAAGCAGUUGUCUUGGUCUGAAGCUUUUCACAUUCCCAUAACUGAUAUUUCCGGUGCUGCUGGAGUUAAAGGGACUACUCUCAGUUCAACAAUGGAACAAUUCGCUACAACAUUAGCAGGACUCGCGCUAAAAUUAGCAGAAAUCUUGGCAGAGAAAUUGGGUCAACAAUCGACUUUCUUCCAAGAAAAUUGCUUGGCAAAUACUUGCUAUCUUCGAAUGAACAGAUACCCAUCAUGUCCAGUCCCUGCAGAGGUAUUUGGUCUAAUGCCGCACACAGAUAGUGACUUCCUAACCAUAUUGCAUCAAGAUCAGGUUGGAGGAUUGCAAUUGGUUAAAGAAGGAAAAUGGAUUGCAGUUAAACCUAAACCAGAAGCCCUGAUCGUUAACAUUGGCGAUUUAUUUCAGGCAUGGAGUAAUAAUGUCUACAAGAGUGUGAAACACAGAGUGGUGACUAAUCCUUGGAGGGAAAGGUUCUCAAUUGCAUAUUUCUUAUGUCCUUCAUAUGAGACAGUAAUUCACAGUUGUUGCGAGCCUGCAAUUUAUAGGAAGUUUACCUUUAGGGAAUAUAGACAGAAGGUCCGCGAGGAUGUUCAGAAAUAUGGUUACAAAGUAGGACUUCCUAGGUUUCAAAUUAAUUGCACAGACUGAAUAUUAUUACACAAUAUAUAGUGCUUACAUUUGUGAUAUUAAAUAAGGACUACCGUA